CCAGAGCCAAGUAACCUCAACUCUCUCUCUCUCUUUCUCUUUAAAUGGCACUAGCCAAAGAUCGCACUUGGGCUUAUAAGUUCCAGGUGGAAGAAGGUGAAACCAACAGUUUUGAUCAUAUCAUAAACAGUACUAAUAACUUUGCUAUGAGCCAUUCUUCUUCUUCUCUUGGCAGUCCAAGCAGCGCGAAUUCGAACGAUUUCUUGUUUCAUUCUAAUAAUAGUGGUAUUAGUAAUCAAACUGAAGAAGCUCAUUCUUUGAUCAAUUUUGCCGGCGGAUUUGAUAAUUUCAUCCAUGCUAAUGGAUCGUUGCUUAGUUUUCAGCAUAAUAACAAUAAUUUCAAUUACAGCUAUAAGUGUAAUAGUGUAGAUCCUCGUUUAUCAGAGGAUAUUAAUUGUUUCCAAACAGCCACUAAUUCCAAUCCCAUGACAAAUUUUGGAAAAGAAAAUAUUGGGGAUUGGUUGUACUGUGAGAAAACUAUGGGUACUGAUGAUGAUUCCAUUAUUCAAGAAUCUGGAGAAGUGCAAGAAGUCAACUUUCAUAAGCGUCCUAAUUUGGGAGAGAAUAUGCAGGCUUUGAAGAAGCAAUGCAAUAGUGCAACUAAGAAGUCAAAAAUAACAAAACCAUCUCCGUCUAAGGAUCCGCAAAGUAUUGCAGCCAAGAAUCGACGAGAGCGGAUUAGCGAGCGGCUUAAGAUAUUACAGGAGCUGGUGCCUAAUGGCUCAAAGGUUGAUUUAGUUACCAUGUUAGAGAAAGCCAUUAGUUAUGUCAAGUUUCUUCAAUUGCAAGUAAAGGUGUUGGCAACAGAUGAAUUUUGGCCGGUUCAAGGUGGGAAAGCUCCCGAUAUUUCUCAAGUAAAGGAAGCCAUUGAUGCCAUCCUUUCAUCUCAAAAAGACAGGAAUUCAAGUUCAAGUUCAAAGUAAUUAAUUUAAUGGUAAUUAUCCAAGAAGAAGAUGAUGAUGAGAAG